UUGUUGAAGGUCUGUUCCCCAGGAUUUUGUCCUCCAAGAAAAUCCUGCCAUGAUUGGAUCGGACCCCCAGAUAAGUAUUCAAACCUUCGACCUGUCCAUUUCUACGUCCCAGAAAAUGAAUCGCCAGUGGAACAAAAGCUUAGAGAAUUAAGACAAGAAACACAAGAAUGGAACCAGCAGUUCUGGGCAAACCAGAAUUUGACUUUUAGUAAGGAAAAAGAAGAAUUCAUUCGCUCAAGACUGAAAACUAAAGGUCCAGGCCUGAAAACGGAUGCAG